AUGUAUGAAGGUCCAGAAGAAAAUUUGUCAAUUGAACGAUCACCUUUGAUCACAAGAGACAAAGAUGAAGAUGACGAAGCAGAUGAAGACUAUCAUGUUUCAAUAUCAUAUGAAAGCAUUGAUGAAUCCAAUGAAGAUGAAAUUGAUGAUUGUGAUCCAUCUGAUGAUGAGGUGCAGCCGGAUGUUAUUGUUAAUAGUCCAAUGGUUGAACCAAUUUCAAUGUAUCCAUCUACUGAAGGUGGAAGUCAAUUUUGGGGUAAUUUACCCCACUACACUAACAUCAAUUGGAAUCAUCCCGAUGAAGAAGAUAUCCCAGGGAUGGAUCUCGGUAGUACUUGGUCAAUUGGGCAAGAUUUAUAUGUGGGGUUGGAGUUUGAGAAUAAAGAUGCAGUUAAAAAUGCAGUCAAGCAAAAUGCAAUGAGAAUGCAUCAAAGUUUUUAUGUGGUUGAGUCGAAAAAGACUAAGUGGGUUGUUAGAUGUCCAAAUGCACAUGAUGGAUGUGGAUGGUACAUGAGAGCCAUUGAGUCAAAGAGAUCUGAUAAGUGGAAAGUGACUCAGUGGGGUGGACGUCAUACGUGUUUGAACAUGUCUUUGUCCCAAGAUCAUGCUAAGUUAGAUUCUGAGUUAAUUGCAACAUUCAUACAAGGAAUGGUUAACCAAGAUCCAUCAAUCAAGAUUAGCCUUAUCCAAGAGAGAAUAACAUCUCAAACUGGGUUUAAAAUAUCUUAUAGAAAGGCUUGGAUGGCGAAACAAAAAGCAAUUGUUAACGUUUUUGGAGAUUGGGAAGAAUCGUAUGCUUAUUUACCUCGAUGGCUGCAAUACAUGAAAGAAAUUGCUCCAGGGUCAUUUUAUGAUCUGUGUCAUGAUGAGUUUUUUGUUGGUAAUCGUUGUGAUCGUGGUUACCGUCAAUUUCACAGAUUAUUCUGGACAUUCACGUCGUGUUGUGAUGCCUUUAAUUUUUGUAAACCCUUGAUACAAGUUGAUGGCACUCAUCUAUAUGGCAAGUAUCGAGGUACAUUGCUCAUUGCUACAACUCAAGAUGGUAAUAACAACGUUCUUCCUCUUGCAUUUGCUGUUGUUGAAGGAGAAACAUUACUUGCGUGGUCGUGGUUCUUGUCUCAUUUGCGGUUACAUGUUACAAACAAAGAAGGGAUAUGUUUAAUAUCUGAUCGACAUCGUAGCAUUAAAUCGGCCAUUGACAAUGAGGCAAUUGGUUGGAGACCGCCAAAUGCAUAUCACAAGUACUGCAUUAGGCACAUUGCAAGUAAUUUUAAUACUCGAUUCAAGGAUGUGAAACUUAAACAAAAGCUUGUGAAGUUAGGGUAUACACCGUGUAAGCACAUUUUUGAUCGCAAUUUGCAAAAGUUUUGUGAAUCUAACCCUGAUGUUCAAAGGUGGAUAGGAGCUAUAUCAAAAGACAAAUGGAGUAUGACAUAUGAUGCAGAUGGUCGAAGAUAUGGUCACAUGACAACAAAUUUGUCUGAAUGUGUUAACAAGGUGUUAAAGGAUUGUAGAAAUCUCCCUAUCACUGCAUUAGUUCGGUCGACGUAUACCAGGUGCGCUGAGUAUUUUAGUAAUCGUGGUAGUCGUGCUUUAGCCGAUGUUUCAUCUGGGAAGGUCUUCGUUUCAAAGUUGGUUGAAGCUUUGCAAAAAAAUCAAGAAGAGGCUUGUUCCCACCAAGUUUGUAGAUACGACAUUGAAUCUUCAAAAUUUGAGGUUCAAGAGGCAUUUGAUCCAAUAACACAAACAGGAGGGAAGAAAUGGGUAGUGAAUUUAAAGGAACGAUACUGUCAAUGCGGAAAGUUUACAGCAUUUCAUUAUCCUUGUUCUCAUGUUAUAGCUGCAUGUGGUGUUGUUAGCAUUGAUUACUACCAGUUUAUAGAUCCUGUUUAUACCAGUGAUUAUGUUUUAAAAGCCUACUCUGGUCCGUGGGAACCAAUCGGAAAUGAAGACUUAAUCCCUCCGAGUAAUGAGGAUUGGAUACUUGUCCCAGAUCCAACAUCAGUGCGCGGGAAAGGGAGACCGAAAUCCACAAGAAUUAGAAACGAAAUGGAUUGGGUUGAGAGCUCACAACGACGACCAAAAUGUAGCAUAUGCAAACAAGAGGGUCACAACAGGCGCAAUUGUCCAUCUAAGUCUAAUAAUCAGUCGAUAAGUUUUGAAGAUGUUUAG